GAUACUUUAAACUGCCAAAUACCACCCAUCACUACAUCUCUCUCUCAUCGUUCUACGCAUCUUCUACAUACUCUUCCCCUCCCUCUCUAGUUCUUUACUACACUCCGCUACUCCACCCUCUGUCUGUGUCUACAAACUUCAACUACCAUCAUUUCACAUACUCCUAUUCAUUUAUCAUGGAUACGGAAGCCAAUGCUGAAAUUUUGAAAGACCCUAAAAUAGAAACCAUCCUACACAGUGAACUCGGCCUCUCAAUCCUCAAUGACCGCAUAAAGUCCCAUUUAAACAUUUCUAAAGAACUGGCCAAUUUUCUAAAAAAGAGAUCAGUUCUUGAAGAACAAUCCGCAAAGGAUCUUCAAAAAAUCGCUAAGUCGUUUCUUGAAACUUUUCAAGACAAAAACCCUCCAUCAACUUCUUUUCCGGCUGCUCUUAUAAAAUCUCUUCAGAUUCACGAACAACUAGCCUCCAACUCCUUCACUCAGCAAAAAGCUCUUUCAACAUGUUCGGAUGAGGUACUGGACUUUUACAAAAAUUGUGAUCGUAAACGAAAAUCAAUUAAAGAAUAUGCCAAACGACAAGAAAAUACGUACUUAGAAGCUGUUAUUCAAAUGGACAAAUCGAAGGCCCGUUUCAAAAGCGCUGAACACGACUAUAAUCAUACACUUGACCAAAAGAACGCCAGCGACAAUCAAAAGAAAGUUGGUUUCUUCAAACCCAAAUCGAAUGCACAACUAUCGAAACUUGAAGAAGAGGCUCGAUCAAAGGCUGAAUCUGCAGAGUCAGACAUGAAGUCAAAAAUUCAAAAUGCUCAAACUGCUCAACAAGAGCUCCUGCUUAUCCACCGUCCCAAUUAUAUAAAACAGUUUUUCAGUUUGCAACGAGAAAUAGAGGCUGCUUUAAACUGUAAUUACCUUCGUUAUUCAAAAUUAUGCGAAACUCACACUGUGAUGAACGGUCUCUUAAUUCGUCCGCAAACACCAUCCACGAAAAGCUCUGGCUUUGAAAACGCCCUUGACAACUUCAACUCGAAUGCUGACUUCCGCCAAUACGUCCUUGAUACUGCUGUUCGCCGAAAGAAUAACCAAAACCCUUCAGACGCAUCAAAAACGAAAAUCGUCCAACCGCCAAGCUCUUAUGGUCCCGCUAACCAAUCCUCUACACCACCCUCUAUUAACAUUUCUAUUCCCUCUAAUCCGACCCACAUUUCCUCCCAAUCCACUUCCAACUUUAAUCGUCCGAUGACUUCUCACCAUCUUCAAUCCGCUAACCGCCCAAAAUCGGAUAAACAAGAAACACUACCAUCCACUGCGAACGCACUGAAACCAUCUACACCUAUUUCUCCGAUCUCUUCAAAAACCUCCCCCUCACCCACGAAAUCAGAAACCCACCAUACCAACGUUGAUCAACAAAGUGCUACGGUUCACGAAUCCUCGAAUACCAACGUUACUCAAUUACCGCCCUUAACUAAGUCACCAUCACAGACUUCUGCUUCAACGAAACCUCCUUCUCCUGAUAUCCUUUCGUCUCAUCAUGCUAAUGCUACUCAAAAGGACUCACCUCCUAAAAUACUGGACACAUCCAUUCUCUUUGGUGCUCAUCUUGAAGCCAUUCUUCUACGCGAACAUUCCAAUGUCCCUAACAUUGUUGUUCAAUGUACCUCUCAAAUCGAAACUUUCGGUCUUAAUCUCCAAGGUAUCUACCGCAUUCCCAGUUCGGCUGCAAAGGUUUCAGCCCUUCGUCAUCAGUUCACAGUUGAACCACUCACGAAACUAAAUUCCCCUAAGGAUUACGGAAAUGACAUUCACUCUCUCGCAGAUCUCCUCAAAUCCUUUUUCCGUGAACUAUCUGAACCUCUCAUUCCAAAUCAACAUUACAACGACUUUAUAGAAGCCGGGAAUGUUGACGACGAAGCUCGUCGGAGAGACGCUGUGCAUCGUGCGAUUAAUGACUUGCCUGAUGCCAACUACUCAACCAUUAGACAUAUUACAAUUCAUUUGGCAAAAAUCAAAGAAAACAGCGAUGUCAACAAAAUGUCUACCAACAAUCUGGCUAUAAUUUGGGGUCCAACCUUACUAAAACAAGCUACCAUCCCAGAAAUAAGCAGUUUCUCUCGUACUAUUGAGAUCCUCAUAGACUACUGUUUCACUAUCUUUGACUAUGACUAACAAGUUAACAAAAACUUAAUAUUUUGGUAAAUCCGCUUCCUUUUUUAAUUCUUUACUCACCAUAUUCACUUUAUUCUUUUAAAGAAGUAAUUACGAUUUCCUCUCUAUUACUUUAAAUAUAUUAUUUUUCUUUUUCAUCAAAACAAAUCUUACUUUUUCUUUUUUUA